AUGGCUAGCACAUCAUUCACCAAUUCUGGGUACGAUGACAACAAGCGUCCCUUUUCCAUGAGCAGUCUGCGCGGGACUCCAUCCUCCCCCCACACCCCGCAACAUCACCUGCGAUCCAACAACUCCUCCUUCGCCAGCACCACGUCGAGCACUUCAUUCCGCGGCGAAGAAGAUGCCAUCAUCUUUGAGCUUGGUGCCCGCUGGCUUCGGGCUGGCUUUGAGGGUGAAAGCGCCCCGAUGUGUAUGGUAAGCUGCGGCCCCGAAGAAUGCCGCCGCGUGGGCGACUACCGCGGCUGGUUGAAGACGAACAACCCAGAUACCGACCCGGCACAGUCGCGCCCGCUUGUCAACCCGGAAGACUGGGCGAGCGCCUACGAGCUCUGGAAGAUGGAUCUUCGGGAGGCCGACCUGGGCCUUGUGGAGGACAAGAUUGAGCGGGUGUUCCGAGAGACCUACAACAAAUACCUGUUGACGGACGCGGGCACGUCGCGACUGGUGCUGGUGCUCCCCGCCAUCAUGCCGCACCCGUUGCUGUCGGCCAUGCUGUCGACGCUUUUCAGUCGGUGGCGGUUCCCGAGCAUCACGUUGUUGACUAGUGCUACAAUGGCGGCGACAGCGGCCGGGGUGCGCUCCGCCUUGGUGGUGGAUAUCGGCUGGGCGGAGACGGUGGUCACGGGGGUGUAUGAGUAUCGCGAGAUCGCAAUCAAGCGGAGCACACGGGCUAUGAAAGCCCUGCUGCAGGAGACGGGUCGAAUGCUCACAAGUAUCCCAACGGCGCGGCGAGGUGUUGUCUCGCAAUCAGCACCGGGCGACAGUGGAAUAUCGGUCCGCUUCGAGUUCUGCGAAGAAGUCGCCAGCAGAUUUCUAUGGUGUAGGCCCCGGGAGAGUCCCUCAUCAGCAGAUUUGCAGCAGCAGCAGCAGCAGGAACCACAACCAAACGACAGCGAAACCGAGCCCACCACACAACACUCCCCUCUCUCCUCCCUCUUGCAACGGACAGUGGAGAUCCCGUCCCCCUCGAACCCAGGAUCUACCUACAUCAACCUCCCCUUCUCCACCUUUAGCGAACCCGUCGAAAGCGUCCUCUUUGCUGCUGGCACAGCAGACUGUGAGCUCGACGACGAAGAAAAGCCUCUCCCGCUCCUGAUCUAUAAUGCCCUACUUACCCUGCCGCCCGACGCCCGCGGCACCUGCAUGUCACGCAUCAUCUUCACCGGCGGCGGCGCCAACAUCCCCGGCAUCCGCCAACGAAUCCUGGCGGACGUUGCAGCCCUUGUCGCCGAACACGGCUGGUCGCCCGUCCGCGGCAAAGUCAUUGAACAACAACGACGCAAGCUUGCUAACCUCCGAAUCUCCCCUUCGUCUCGAGCCCCCAAGCAACAACAACAACAGCAGCAGCAGCAAAUCCCUGAAGACCCCCCCAAAACCUCGGACGAAGAGGACCUCAAAGACCCCAUCGAGCAGAAAAUCCGGCGGAACAAUCGCGACCGCGACCGCGACGCGCUCCCGCCGUCCGUACAGGGGGUGCUGCGCGAGGUCGAAUCGCUGGGCCCCUGGGCCGGGGCGAGCUUGACCACCAACCUCAAGAUCCGGGGUCUGGUGGAGAUCGAGCGCGAGAAGUACCUCCAGCAUGGUCUUGCGGGGGCGACUCGCGACUUCGAGACCCACGGGCACCACGUCCCCGAUCGGCGGUCGGGGUUGAGGGCCGGAGGCGGCGGGGAUCGGUCGAGUUGGACGCUGGCGGGGUGGGGGUAG